UUUCGGUCCAAGGGUUUACUUAGGUCUCGACGGCAGCGGGCCAUAGCGUAGUGUGGGGUGAAGCUCCACGCGGUGACGUCCAUCACCACACCCUUCCUCGACUCCUUCCUGACCACUGACUCAUUAUGGCUUCUUCGUCCAAGGAGGAUGAAAUCUCUAAGUCGAUAAGGUCCUCGUCUCGGUCUCAAGUGGACCCUGAUGACAUCACUUAUGAUACUUUGGUGACAGAUUUCAUGUUCGAAGUGGCAGAGAAGAAGCCAAGUCUCGUCCAGGAGUUCGCUAAAAUAUUUACGCCCAAUGCGACACUCGAGGAAAUGUUCAAAUUCCUGUGGAACCUGGACGAGGCAAAAGAAACCCUCAAGCCCAACCUGACCUUUUCCGUCAAGACAACGAAGUCCGCACACGCAUACUGGACACACGGCAAUGCCUGUAUGAAAAAUGGAGAUAGGGAUCAUGCGCUGAAAUUCUACAAUAAGAGCUUGAGAGAAGCGCCGCAUCCAGUCAUUGUAAUGGACGGCAAGCAGUGGGGACAGGAGGAGCGUGACAUCGUGUACUCUACGUCUGCGAUCUCCUCUGCCACAGAGGAAAAAGAUCCGUAUGAAGAAGAGGGAUGGGGAGCCUACUCGGCGCUCGCCCACGCGUACGAGGCGCGGGCGCGCGUUUUGUUCUCGCUGGAGCAAUACCAGAAGUGCAGGGAGGACAUCGAUCGAGUGCUGGCUUGGGGGUGUCCGCCGCCAGUAGAGGAAAAAAUGAUUAAAAUGAGAGAGGAGUGCGAAAAGCUGGGACCUCUCGACAUCGUGCAAACGGAGCCAUGGAGCAAGGACCAAUCGGUGUCUUUCUUGUACCAGUCACCCGAGCCUCCCACCCUGGCCGACCCCAACCCCUCCUACCCGUCAUUCAGCAGUGCCGUGAGCUUCGUCUCUGACGACGAGCACGGGAGACACAUGGUGGCCAGCAGGGAUAUCGCUCCUGAGGAAGUUGUGUCCAUGGACAAGGCGUACAGUGCAGCGCUGUAUCCUAAGUAUUUCAGCGAAUACUGCACGAUCUGCCUGAAGAGAACCUCUGCGCCCGUGCCAUGCCCGAAUUGCUCGACAGUGAUCUUUUGCAGUGAAAAAUGUCGCCUUAAUGGUCUGGCAGGCUGUCAUAGGGUGGAGUGUCCCAUCCUCCGUACGCUGGCGAGACUCAACAUGAGCAACAACGCAGUGCUGGUAAUACGGUUGUUCGCUGACAUGGGCUACAUCAACUUGAAGUCGAUGGUGCCUCCGCUGCAGGAGGAGGCAAACUCCACACAGAAGCAGGAACUGGACGAUGCCGGAGUGUAUAGCUCUGGGAACUACCGCACUGUGUACAACCUCGUCACCAACAAGAGCAAGAGAAGCGUUAAUGACUUACUGAAGAGGACUAUGGAGAGCUUUGUGCUUCUAAAACUGUUACUUCUCACCGACGAAUACUUCGUGGAUAACUUCGGCAACAAACUGUAUAUCAAUGACGAUGAAGUGCUGUUCACUGGCACCAUGCUGAUGCACCACAUGAUGAUAUUGUGGUGCAACGCGGACACCAUUGGUGAAAUCCAGCACGACCGAAAGGAGUCCACAGCUAGUCCCGUGGUUGCUUACGGCACAGGCCUCUUCCCUUCAACCAGUCUACUGAAUCACGCCUGCUACUCCACGUGUGCCAGUGUUUCCUACGGCUACGUGCAGGUGAUGAGGGCGUGUCGCCGCAUUCCUGCCGGUACCCAGAUUACGCGACAGUACGCAGAUCUGUUCCAGAAAAAAUUGCAUGAAAGGAUGGCGAUUUUGAAGGCACGUUACCACUUCGUGUGUCACUGCCAGGCGUGUUUGGGCAACUGGCCUUUUACACUUCCCUUCAACUAUGAAUACGAGCUGAGGUGUGUGGUUUGUGGGAAACCUGUCCUGAAGGAAAGUAAGAAGUGCCAUAACUGUAAUAUUACGUACAACCACCAAGGACAGUUGGUGGACCGUCCCGAGGUGACCAUCUACGACUACCCAGUGAUGAGGGCCAAAGUAGACGACGCUCUGGAGAAGUACAUGAUGGCAGUCCCCCGCUUCAUGGAGGGCUCUGAUACGUCUGAGGAUUACACUGCCGUUAAAGAACUUCUCGAUCUGUACGACUCUUACGUGGCGCUGCCAACUCACGGCCACAUCGCGGUGCAGAGCCUCCUGCACGCCGUCAGCCUGAGGAAGGGCACCUCGGCAUAUGUGAAGAGUAAUUGCUGGAAUGACCGUCUUCUUUCUUGGAAGACAGCUGGUCUUGCGCUCCAGUAAUUCUAUAGAGUAUGAAAAAAGAGGUUUCCAAAUUGUGUAUCUUGGCCUGGAUCAAACCUGCAGUUUAGAUGUUAUUACUUGGUUAUUAUCCUGAAGAAUGAUUGCAAUGUCACUUGGGUAUUAUCCUGAAGAAUGAUUGCAAUAUCGUUUCAAAUAAUUUAUUGUUACGGGUUUGUUAUCGUGGGUGUUUUUCUCUAUGUAAUCUGCCACUGUAAA